CCGCCAUAUUGAUGUCUGCCGAGGACUGUGUUUACGUGUUGGCGGCGUCAGGUGCGGGCGCGACGGUGCUCCAGUUGCCGUAUGCGCGGUGCGGAGCUUGGGAGACAGGUGGCCGAGGGGCGCGAGAUGGGCGAGGCGGACGAAUUCCGACGCGAGCCGGCCAAGAGCGGCCCCGAUGAGGCGGUACUCAGCCUGGCCUACCGCGACCUGACGGACGUCUCUAACUACGUAGCGGAUCAGCACGGCGCGCGGGUCGAGUACCUCGAUCUCAGCCACAACAAGAUCAGGAACUUGCAGUUUCUGGCGCGAUUCGAUCGGCUGACAACACUCGUUCUGGAUCACAACCGCCUCACCUCCAGCAGCAUACCGCCUCCGCUGCCGCGCCUCAAGACCGUGUGGAUCAACCACAACAACGUCAAAGAUUUGGCGCCAUUUCUGCGUGCUCUGCGGUACAACUGCCCGAACAUCCUGCACCUGAGCUUGAUCGGAAAUCCCGCCGUGCCCGCGCUAGUAAGCGGCUCGUCGCGCGGCGUCUUCUAUCGCUACAGGAUCCUGGUGCUGACGUACUUCCCCCGGCUGCUGAGCCUGGACCAGCAGCGGGUCGAGGCGUGGGAGCGGCCCGACUCGGACACGCUGUGGGCCAAGGUGACGUCACCGGACAGCUGGCGCCAGGUGCAGCGUCAGGUGUCGGUGACCGCAAGCGACGUGGCCGACAAGGUGUCGACCACUGUCGGGCACGGUUUCGACAUGGUCGCCACCUGGUGGGAAGCGCGAAAAGCGGACGCCGACGCACGACCGCCUGUGCCCCGCAACACGUUCGUCUGAGACCGAAGCGUUCAAAAGUCAUUGCGCCAGAUACAGUGGUUGUCGUGGUGCAUAUACCCCAGCUCGUUCGGUUACCGGUUGUACCGGAUGCGUCCCGCCGGCGCCUCCUUCGGACCAGUGAUCAUCAGUGGCCUUUCUGACGGUGGUAUGAGGGGCUGCCCAGAGCAGCCGUGAAGUCGAGCGGCCCCGGCAGUGACUGUGCAACGGUGUGCUUUUAACCAAGGGGUGGGCCUGUAAUGUACCGAUACCAUAGUGGAACAUAUUUAUCUCGCUGCUCGCCGAUCGUAUGUAUCUCGCUGCUCGCCGGUCUUGCCGCCAGCGGAGUGCGCAGCCGCCGCCCGCUGCGCCUGCCGUCCACAGCUGGCAUCCGUGCACCGCCGGCUAGGAUGCACGGCCCUUGGAUACCGAGCCCAGCCCUCGCGUCUAUCGCCACUGAGCGCAGUGCGCUGGGUACGGAUGACGACAGUGUCCCGGCAGUCGCGCCACACCGACGGGCGGCCGUGUAUAUUUCGCAGAGCAGCCUGGCAAUACAUGGCAUGCCUCGA